AUGGCCUAUGUCGUGCCCAUCCACGAUCCGACUUGCGUUCGCCAUGCGGUCAAGCUCAACUUUUUCUCAGCCGAGGAAGAAUGCUUGGUUGUUGCCAAAACAAGUCGUCUCGAGUUCUACACAGUCACCGAAGAUGGGCUCACCCUCGAAGCAACUCGCAAGAUACCUGCGCAAAUAACGAUGCUUGAAAGGCUUCCAGCACCUUCAAACUCACCUACUGAUCACUUGUUCAUCGGCACCAACCAAUACAAUUACUUCACCACAUCGUGGGAUCCGGAAGAGAACGUGAUCAAAACAGCACGCAGCUGCGUCGAUAUUGCCGAACCAUCCUCGAGACACUCUAACUACGCACAGCGCUGCCUCGUUGAUCCUACCGGGCGAUUCAUGACACUGGAGAUCUACGAGGGCGUGAUAGUUGUGGUGCCUAUUGUCCAACCGACGAAGAAGCGAGGCCGGACAUCAACGGUUCAUGCAGAUAAUCCUCCCCAGGUGGGAGAGCUUGACAAGCCGACUACAUCCCGAAUAGACGAGCUGGUUGUCCGAUCUUCUGCCUUUCUCCAUUCAGAAUCAAACCCGUGGCUGGCGUUACUGUAUGAGGACAAUGCGCAAAAGGUGCGUUUGAGGAUCCGAGAGUUGGAAUUCACUCCUGGAACAUAUGGGACUCCUCCCGAUGCCACUUUCAAUGAGGUUCAAGAUCUUGAAGGAGGGCAGUUCGGCCAAGAGCUUGAUCUUGGCUCUUCGCAUCUGAUCCCAAUUCCAGCCCCGCUGGGUGGUCUCAUUGUACUCGGCGAAACUUCCAUAAAAUACAUUGAUGAUAAUGCCAACAAUGUGCUCACGCGGAAUCUUGACGAGGCGACUGUCUUUGUCGCUUGGGAAAAAAUCGAUAGCCAGCGGUGGCUUCUAGCAGAUGACUACGGGAGGCUUUCCUUUUUGUCAUUCAUUUUGAACAGACAAGGUGAAAUUGACGACUGGAAACUCGAAAAUCUGGGCACCACUGCUCGCGCUUCUGUCCUCGUCUAUCUGGGUGGUGGCAUGUUGUUCGUUGGAUCUCAUCAUGGCGACUCACAGGUGCUUCGACUGGAUGGUAGCUCGUUUGAGGUUAUUCAAGUUCUCUCCAACAUUGGUCCGAUUCUUGAUUUCACUAUCAUGGAUCUCGGAAACCGCACAGAUGAGACCCAAACCCAUGAGUUCUCGUCUGGUCAGGCUCGCAUUGUGACAGGAUCUGGCGCAUUCGACGAUGGAACCCUGCGAAGUGUGCGUAGUGGCGUUGGUAUGGAAGAGCUUGCUGUGUUGGGUGAUAUGGAACACAUCACAGAUCUCUGGGGGCUGCGAACCCAGAACACGACCAACCCUGAAUCACUGGACACGCUGGUUGUCACCUUCGUGGACGAAACCCGAGUGUUCCAAUUCGGCCCCAAUGGCGAAGUGGAGGAGUUGGACCAGUUCCUCGGGCUUGCACUCACAGAGAACACCUUGCUUGCAGCGCGUUUGCCUGGCGACCGUAUCCUCCAGGUCACAGAAAAGCGAGUUUUGGUGGUUGAUAUAGAAAGUGGAAUGGUCACUUUCCGGUGGGAGCCUUCAAACCAGAAACACAAAUUGAUCACUGCCGCCUCGGCUAGCGAUGACAACCUUGUCUUGGUUGUAAGUGGUCGGAUCGUAUCAUCCUUCGAUCUGAGAGGCAAUGUCAAGCCCAUCACAGAAAAGGACUUCGGUGAUGACAAGCAAAUCUCUGGUUUGACUGUUCCAUCUACCCCAGGGGGCAUCUUCAUCGCUGGUUUCCCCCAAUUGGCUCAAGUCUCUGUCUUUUCGAUCAAUAAUUUGACAGAGCUACAUGCCAGAUCACUUGGCCCCGCCGGCGAGAGUUUCCCACGAUCAGUUCUGGUGGCCCAAGUACUCGCCAACAGCCCACCAACCCUCUUUGUCUCCAUGGCAGAUGGGUGUGUUGUGACAUUCUCGCUCAAUCCGGAGGAUAACUCGCUCAGUGGAAACAACAAGCUAGUCCUUGGUUCUGAGCAGCCAAUCUUCAAGAAGUUACCCAGGGGUGAUGGUCUAUACAAUGUGUUCGCCACUUGUGAAAACCCCAGCCUGAUCUAUGGCUCAGAAGGUCGAAUCAUAUACUCCGCUGUGAACUCCGAAGGUGCCACACGAAUUUGUCAUCUGAACGCGGAGGCUUACCCUAACGCUAUUGCGGUGGCUACCGAGACAGAGCUGAAGAUUGCUCUAGUUGAUAAAGAACGCACGACUCAAAUCCAAACAUUACCAAUGGGUUCGACUGUGCGACGUGUUGCGUAUUCGCCAUCGGAAAAGGCGUUUGGACUCGGAAUCAUCGAACGCACGCUCGUGGCCGGCGAUGAGCACGUCAAAAGUCAUUUUGUCCUCGCUGAUGAGAUCCUUUUCCAAAAGCUUGAUGUGGUCGAGCUAGGCGCCGACGAGCUGGUCGAGAGUGUUGUACGAGCCGAGGUACCAGCUGGAAAGGAUGAGCAUGGCAGAGAAACAACUAGAGACCGAUUCGUCGUCGGUACGUCUCUUCCAGAAGAUGAUGCAUCGGAUAGCUUUGGCGGCCGAAUUCUCGUAUUGGAAGUUGAGCACGGCCGCAAGCUAAGCCAAGUUGCUGAGUUGAAGGUUCGAGGUGCUUGUCGGGCUCUUGCCACGAUGGGCGAUUGCAUUGUUGCAGCUCUCACUAAGACUGUUGUGGUCUACAAGAUGCAAACCAACAAUGUUGGACCGAUGAAACUUGAGAAACUCGCUUCAUACCGGACCUCGACUGCGCCCGUUGACAUUACUGUUGUCGGAAACUUGAUUGCCGUUGCGGAUCUCAUGAAGAGUUUAUGUCUCGUCAGAUAUGAGCAGGGCAAAAAUGGAGAGCCCGAUGAACUUGUUGAAGUCGGCCGCCACUACCAAACAGUUUGGUCCACAGCAGUUGCCUGUGUUGGUGAUGAAACCUUCCUUCUAGGCGAUGGCGAAGGCAAUGUUAUCGUUCUUUCUCGAAACCAGGAAGGCGUCACCUCACAAGACAAGCAUCGUCUAGUUGCGACCAGUGAGAUCUCGCUGGGAGAAAUGGUGAAUAGAAUCCGGCCGGUGAACAUCCCACACCUCGCGAGUGCAGCAGUCACACCACGCGCCUUCAUGGCAACCGUCGACGGCUCCAUCUACCUGUUUGCAAUGAUAAAUCCGGAUUACCAAGACUUCCUCAUGACACUGCAGACAGUACUUUCCACCAAAAUCGUCUCCCUAGGCGACCUUUCAUUCGAUAAGUAUCGCGGCUUCCGUACUGAGGUCCGCGCUGCUGAUGCGCCAUACCGUUUUGUGGAUGGCGAGCUUAUCGAGCAAUUCUUGAACUGCUCGCCAAGCAUGCAGCAGGAGAUCGUGGACGAGGUUGGCUCCUCUGAUGUAGAGGAGGUCAAGAAGAUGAUCGAGGGGUUGCGACGACUGCACUGA